AUGCAACACUCAAUUGUUUUCAUCACUUUAGCUGCAUUCACCACUACUUUUGUCAUGGCUCAAGAGGGAAAUAAAACCAUCGGCAACGAUACGAAUGGAAACAACGACACUACGACUACUUCAGCAACUGAUCUUGCUGGUACCUUGAGAUUGGGCACUGCUGGUACUAUUGGUGCUUUAGCUGCUGGUGCCAUCGCUUUAAUUAUUUGA